AUGGGUUACAUCAAUACUUUUGAAGAAUGGUUUACUAAGCAUUUUAUACCUGAAGUGAAACAGUACUGUUCAAACAAUAAUUUGGCUUAUAAAGCUUUACUUAUUUUGGACAAUGCUCCCGGCCAUCCUGUGCGUAUUGCCGAUAUUGAUCCUCAAAUCAAAGUCGUGUUCCUGCCUCCCAACACCACUUCGUUGUUACAGCCGAUGGAUCAAGGAGUUAUCGCGUCUUUUAAGGCCUAUUAUCUCAGGAGAACUUUUUCACAGGCUGUAAAGGCUAAUGAAAAUGAUGGCAUGGAGCUGAGAGAUUUUUGGAAAAGUUAUAAUAUCCUGCAAUGCGUAAAAAAUAUUGCUACUUCAUGGGAUGAGCCAUCUGAAAGUUCUACAUCUACAGAUCAACCAAAUGUCGAUGAGAUCACAACUGACAUUGUUCAUUUGGCUAACCGUUUGCCUGACAUUGCAGUUACUACUGAUGAUAUUGAUGAUCUGUUAAGCUCACAUUCGCAAGAACUGACUGAUGAAGAUCUUAUUGAAUUGGAGGCACAAGUACAAAAGGAAGCACUCGAGUCACAAGAAAUAGCUUCUUCUAUUAGUGACUCUGAAAAUAACUUACACUAA